UCCCCCCUGUCAUCACCUCCGUUCCCCUCCUGCCAUCACCUCCCUUCCCCCUCUGCCAUCACCUCUCAUCCCCCCCUGCCAUCACCUCCCUUACCCCCCUGCCAUCACUUUGCUUCCCCCCCUGCCAGCACCUCCCUUCCCCCCCUGCCAUCACCUCCCUUCCCCCUCUGCCAUCACCUCUCAUCCCCCAUGCUAUCAUCUCUCAUUCCCCCCAGUCAUCACCUCUCAGUCACCUGCCAUCACCUCCCUUUCCCCCUCUGCCAUGACCUCCCUUUACCCCCUGCCAUCACCUUCCUUCCCCUUCUGCCAUGACCUCCCUUCCCCCCCUGCAACCACCUCCCUUUACCCCCUGCCAUCACCUCUCAUCCCCCCUCUGCCAUCACCUCUCAUCCCCCCCUGCUAUCACCUCUCAUCCCCCCUCUGCCAUCAACUCUCAUCCCCCCUCUGCUAUCACCUUCCCCUUCCCCUAUUCCCCCGCACAUACCCCCCCUCUCCCACGCUUCCCCUCCCAGCGACUGCCAAUGAGGCAAUGGCCGUGUUUCAGUCCGCUGACCUGCCGUUUAUCAUCCACGAGGCCCUUUCAGCAUCCCCAUCCCCUCUUCAUCCCC